AUGGCGUCAACAGGACCACCGCCUCCUGAGGUGCUUGCAGCUUUAGCUGCUGAGCCAUUGCCAUGGCCAAAUCAACAGCGUAACAUGCUAACUGUUUGCAUCAUACUCACAACUUUCUUAUGGAUCAGUACUAUCGGUCGCAUAUGGACCCGAUUCAUUGUAGUGAAGAAGCCAUGGUGGGAUGAUUUCUUUGCUGUUAUUGCUGUGUCCCUUUUUACAAUGUCAACAGUAUCUAUUUGCGUAAUGACACGCUAUGGCUUAGGGAGGCAUGCUGCGCUUCUAUCACAUUCAUCUCUCGAAAAGGUCUUCUUAUUCCAGUGGAUUUGGGGAAUUGGGUAUGCUGCGUCAACAGCCACUAUUAAGAUAUCGCUCUUGUGCCAAUACAUCCGCGUCUAUCAGCCUGGAAUGAUCACCUACCGGUUUGCACAGCUUCUUCUGAUUGUGGUUUGCUUAUGGGGAUUCGCAUUAACAUUCAUAUCAACCUUUGUGUGCUUUCCAUCACCAUCUGCGUUCUGGAAGAUGGAGCCUAGAGGCUGCUAUGGAUUUGCCGCUACGAAAUUGUCAGAACUCACAGGUACAAUCAAGGGCCACUCAGCCAGCAACUUCUUCUUAGACUGUCUCGUUUUAAUACUGGCGAUUCGUCUACAGUUUCUGAAGGAUGCUGAUACGAACAGAAAAAGCAUGCUGGCCAUUCUAAUCAUGGGAACAACAGCAUGUGGCUUUGCACUUUGGCGCCUGAUAGACAUAAUUAUCACCGGAGGUGGGGUUGGAAUUGAUCCCACCUGGAACAUGCCUGGUCCCGGUCUGCUUUCAACAGUGGAAGUAUUUCUGGCGGCAUUAUGUGCAACAAUCCCAUUUUUUUGGCCAGUCCUCAGAGAAGGCUUUAAUAAAAUAUUUGUGCACUAUGACUUUACCGUUGCAGAGGAGCAGAUUCAAGACGAUGAGGGAUAUGAACUUGCCAAAACAGGAUCUCUACCUGCCGGCAUACAACAUGACCAAUCUUGGCAGAGGGAUGGAUGGGAUCCAGAAGAAAAGAAACCCAUCACAACAGCCGUCCCAAUUUUGAAAAAUAUCUUCAAGGGCAGCAAGGCUACUCAAACACCCCCAAGUCACAUAUAUACUGGAGGAACAUCAAGUGAAAUCACGAGUAAGAAGUCAAGAACUAGAUAG